GGGCGUGGCUUCGCGGCGCCGUCGGCAGGCGUAACUUGAGAAGGAAGGGAGCGAGUGAGAGACUGAGGAAGGGUUCUGGCGGCGCGAGAGAGAGAGAAAGAGAGAGAGAAAGAGAGAGAGGUUACCAUCACGACGGUCGUCCCGCCCUCUUAUUAUUAUUUUUGUUUUGGCCUCUGACUGACGGCUGUUUGCAGUUGAAAGCAGUUGGCGAAUUAGCGGACAUCCGCCUCGCGCUCGCACUCGUUCAUUGCCCCCCCCUUCGUGCCGCGCAUGCGCGCCUUUCUCAACAACAUGCCAUGGGGAACAGCUGGGCGGCGCAGUGGUGCUGCUGGCUCUUCCCGAGGCGGCCGGCGGGACGGAUCCAAAGAGGAGGAGGAGGGUCAAAAUACUUUAAGCCAUGCUCAACAGGAGAGCACUUCACUAUAGAGUUUGAGAAUCUAGUGGAAAGUGAUGAAGGUGAAAGUCCAGGAAGCAGCCAAAGACCGUUGACUGAAGAAGAAAUUGCUGCUCUAAAAGAGAGACAUUAUAAUUCUAUUGCAGAAAAACAAAGAACAUUAGAUGCUAAACUUCAGUCAGAGUUAGCCAUACAAGAGGAGAAGUUAAGAAUAGAAGAGGAGACUUUAUAUGCUGCGCAACGUGAAGCAGCCAGGGCAGCAAAGCAAAGAAUGCUCUUGGAGCAACAACAGCAACAAGGGAUCGCACAAAGAGCAAAUAAUGAAGAAUCCCAAAGCUCGGUAGCAGAAGAGGAUUUUGAUUCUUACCUGAGAAAUGUAAAACUGCAAUAUGAAGUUUUUCGGAGUAGCAGGCUGUCAUCAGAUGCUACUGUUUUGACACCAAAUACAGAGAGCAGCUGUGACUUAAUGACCAAAACCAAAUCAACAAGUGGAAAUGAUGAUAGUAACUCCUUAGAUUUGGAAUGGGAAGAUGAAGAAGGUAUAAACAGAAUGAUCCCACUGCGAGAACGUUCAAAAACAGAAGAAGAUAUACUCCGUGCAGCACUAAAAUUUAGUGGCAAAAAAACAGGAAGUCAUCCAACUUCUGCCUCUGAUGAUUCAAAUGGUCUGGAAUGGGAAAACGAUUUUGUUAGUGCUGAAAUGGAUGAUAAUGGCAACUCUGAGUAUGCUGGGUUUGUAAACCCUGUUUUAGAACUGCCUGCAUCAGACAAAAAAACAUCUCAUGCGGCUCAACAAGACAGAUAAUGAAAUCAUGUGACACUUGGCUAUCUGACCAAAAGGUUGAAGUUGGACAAAAUGUACAGAUCUGUAUUGUGCACAAUCCUCCAGUCAUUGCUUCUGCACAUCUUCCUUUAACACAAGGAAGUUGCACAGUGAUAGUACUUGAACUGAGUUCAAAAUGAUUCCUAGAAAAAUAAGGAAACUGUUAUACUGUUUGUCAGUUAAGAAAUAGCAGUAUGGUUUGCUACCUGAAUUUUAAAUUGUAAGUGCAAUUUUUUCAUCUGCCUUUGGAAUUCUAUGGAAACACUUGAGUAAUUCCAUUGUGUCAGUUCGUGGAAUUUAGCAUACAUUCAUCCACUCAAAAUGACCCAUCACAACUUCAUGUUUUAAUCGAUGAUUUUAAUCUAAGGCUGUUCGAUUCCUUUGAAUUUACAUUGGUAUUACAUUUAUAUCCUUAUUUCAAUAGGAAGUCUCCUUGAGACCUUAAUACUUGAAUCAUGAACUUGUUUUCUGUUGGGCGUGUUACCGAAAUUAUAGCAAACUUUUACACUUGGAAAUGAUUAAACUUCUGAGUUUAUUUGCUUUUUUAAAUGAUUAGCUAUCAAGCACAGUACUUUUUACAGAGGUUGUGAGAAUCAUAUUGUAGUGCAAAAACUAAGUUUAUUAGGAAUUGAACUCUGAAUAGAGAAGGAUGUUAGAAGACAUCUAUUUCAUUUAAAUUAUCUGCUCAUGUCAUUUAAAAAACUGGAAACUAAAGUUUUAUGGAAGUAACACCAGAAACAAAAGUUCCUCUUUUUGCCUGUCUUGGAAUGCCAAAAAAUGCUGCUGAUAUGAAGAUUUUUCUUGUAUGUUUUUAAGUUGCAGAAAAUUAUUUGUUAAACAGUAGCUGACAUAACAGCUCAGUUUUUAAAAUGUUCUUUUCAUGCAGAAGACACAAAGCAUGACUACUUACUGUGGAUGUAUUGAUGCAAAUAUCACUGCUACAAAUCUAUCAAGUGUGUGAAACAUUCCAUUCAUAUAAAUAAUUACUGGGGAUGAAAGCUUGAAGUUUGAAAGAAGAUGGAUGAUGUGGGUGGUGUCGUUCAAAUAUUUUGCUUCGCUCACAAUCUUGUUGGUUUUAAUUCUGAAGAGAGGGUUUUCAGUGCCAGAUAUAAGUAUUCAGCACUUGUCAAAUUCCACUUUGAUUUUUUUUCCUGACAAUAAAACUGCUUUUGUAAUUGAAUUUGCUCUUUAAGAAUAAAUGUCAUCUGCACAGAUAUUUAAUUCAUAAUAAACCUGAAUACUUAAUGUUCAGCAGUACAGUAGAUCAGAGUAGCAGCAGUAUUUGUUUUGCAUGCUUGCCUCCUGCUAGUUUCUGAACUAUAUACUGACUUCCUAGUCCUUCUGUGGCGCCAUCUUUCUCUUUUCUGAAAGGAUAAUAAAGGUUGUUUGCAAUAUAUAUGUAAGAAUGAAACUGUGCACAUUCCUACAGGCAGGACCAAUGCUCUUGGCAGCAGCUGCCACUACAAGGAAAAACAAAACUACAACACAGAAAAUAACUGACUUUGGUAGAACUGCAUCUCUCACUGAAACUUUGCUAACCAUGGCAGUGUUCUUUGUAAUGACCAGCGGGUGAAAUACAUGAGCUAAUGGUUGAUGGCAACAUUUAGUCUCCUUUUAAUCUGUCUGCAUCUGUUCCUCUGCUAUCCUGUAUCAGGCCUUCACUGCUGUUUUCUAAUGAUACAUUAAUUAUGUCCUAUUAUGUCUUCUGUAUAUUUUAGCUUUUCCUGCUCUCAUGUCUUGAUUACUUUACAAAACUUAAUUCCAGAUUCACUGUUUAUUUUUACAUUGCCCCAAUACUAUAUUAUGGAUGUUAAGUGGUCAGUGGCAGUAAACUAAUUAUUAAGUAUUUGUAUGGCUACUUUAACCUUUGUAAGAGGCCAAGAUCACUUUAUACUGAUUUCUUCCCUGUGUGCCUUUUAUGUUAAGAGAAAGAGCUUAUGUACAUAUGACAGCUUGGAAAGCUUAACCUUUUUUCAUUUAUUGCAUUUCUUAAAGAGGUUUUGUUGCUAAAAUGUUUACAUGUCAAGCUGGUAAUAUGUUUUAUUUUUCAAUGCUGGUAAUAUGUUUUAUUAUAAGAAAUUUGUGCACUUCAAGUGUAUAUUUUUGGUUUCACACAAGCUAUAGUACUAUGUCUUUCCCUGACUUUUUCAUGUUACUGGUCUUUAAAGUUUAAAUUUAUCAAGCUGUGAAUAAAUUUUUUACACACUUGAAAAUUAUGGCGAUGUUAAAGUUUGUAUUUGAAACUGAAAGAAGUACAAAAAAUAACAUCCUGUAAAACCUGCAAGUAGCCGAUGAAGCAAUAACUGUUAAUUGCAAUCAGGCAAGCGUUGUUCAAUACGUGCUAUAUCUGUAGCCAAUUAUUUGGUGUCAUUUAUGUACUACUUAGCUGCAAUCCUGUACACUUAGAAACAUGUUCCAUUGAAAUCAAUAGGUAUUCUGAAUAAAGAUGCCUAAGAUUUUCACAAUACCGUUUUAAAGAUUUUUGAGGUACAGUUUUUACUUUUAUCUUGUGAUAUUACUGUCCGUGGAUGAUAUUACUGUCCGUGCUGUUUGAAGAACCCACUGACUUACCAAUAUUUUUCAAGGCUUUCUAAAAAAAAACCUGGACACUAGUUAGUAAAAUCGCUAAAAUUCAUAGUGAACUUUUUGCAAGCUGCAAUGACAAUAAAUAAAUAACCUGCUGCUUUUAA